AUGCUCUCUUUUUUCGGGUACGAUUUUCUGGGUGAUCACCCCUCAACUCUUGCCCAAGACAGCCAAAACGGGAGAAGCUAUUCCUCAACGGCAACGCCAUGGAUGGGGGCGCGGUUUAUGGUGUUGUGGGCGCACAAACCAAAGCUGGAAAUCGCCAGACAGAUUUUUGGGUUCAAGGGGGAAAAAUGGAGCAUUGGCGGAAAAGUACUCUAAAUAUCAUACGUUUUUUUUUUUUUUGUCUUCACUUCAAAUCAGCGCUCACAGCACUAGUGCCGUUUACUCCAACCCGUGGUCACACAGAAGAGCCCCUCUCUACCCUCCCCUCCUGCGGUACUUUGCCUUUGAUUUUUAAUGCGAGAAGAGUUCAGCACUCUCUUCCCUCUGUGUACACACGAACUAGCGCUAUCCACUAGACCAGGAGCGGAAGCGAGAGAAAAACUCCCUUUGCAAGAAAAGCUCGCUUACGCCGGGAUUCGAACCCCUGACCUGACCUCUAGAAGGUUUGGCGGCUACCAAAUAGACCACCGGGGCGACCGUGUAUUUAG